AUGAAACCAGAGCGUGCAGACCGGAUGGGUGACAAGGAACGUGAGGUCAUCCUUCUGGGUAUCCUCAACAUAGAAAAUGUGUACGGCAAGGAUUGGAUUAAAAAAAAAAAAGAAGUGAAGAAGGAUCUUGAAAAUAAGUCGGUCAAAUUAAAUCAGGCCUUCAAAAAUCCCGCGGUCUUUCACGAGCGCUUUGAGUUUCUCUCUGUAGAAGAUUACAGUUGCGUAAGAAACAACUACGUUUACAGCGCCAUCGUCAUUUUUAACCCCAACUUGGGUGGCAAUUCCGCGGGGAAGGAUAUCGGGGAGGAUGCACCCGCCGGACAGGCAAAAGUGAAGAACGCGUGUGUGCUGAGUGGUGGACAGAACGCCACACGUACCGUAAUGGGAGGAACAUCAUCACUCUGUGGUGAAAAUACCCCCCCAGGUGAAUCUCCCGUGACGAGGCCCUCCCCCAAAAAGGAAGGAGUUGGUGUCCUAGUCGUCACGUGCAAAAAAACGGAAAACGAGAGAAUGAAGCAUAUUUUAAUCAAGAUGUUAAAGCAGGAAAUAAAAGUCGAGUGCACCGCCCUUAAAUGUAAAGAUGGAUACCUCUCCAGCCUCUCUCACAUUCGUCGUGAGGACAGGGAUAUCAAGGGAAAGCACACUGAAAUUAGGCACUUGGACAAACCCGCAAGUUCCCUCGAUAUAUCUCAGUCGCGCCUACAGUCUACAGCGCCAUCUACAACGCCAUCUACAACGCCAUCUACAACGCCAUCUACAACGCCAUCUACAACGCCAUCUACAGCGCAAUCUGCACCACCGUCCAUUGUUCCUCCCUCGUCGGACGUGGAGAACAAGCCCUUCAAUGUGUCUCGGAAUAACUUCUUUAACAUGACUGCCUACAUAUAUGGAUCAUCCAACCUGUUGGCCAACAGCAGCUUGAUUCUACGCGAGUACGGGGACGAGGAGUGGGCUGAGCGUCUCCGGCGGAUGAAGAAGGGGAAGGACCUGGCACGCGGGGGGCCUCCCCCAGGUUCCCAGGACACAUCGGCACCGCAGGAAAGCGGUAUCAUCAAGACCUUCACGUCGUUGUUUAAGAAGUGA